AUGGGGUCUGAACAAAACGAUAGUACGAGCUUCACGCAAUCUUCAGAGCCAAAGCUAUGUGCAACAGGAUGUGGUUUCUUUGGAUCACCAUCAAACAUGAAUCUAUGCUCUAAAUGUUACAGAAGCAGAUGUGCAGAAGAAGCUCAAACAGCUGUUGCUAAAGCUGCAGUGGAAAAAUCUUUGAAGCCAUCUAGUCUCUUCAUUGCAGAGCCAGAACCAGCCGCGAAGAAAACCGAAGAGAAAACCGUCGUUGCUGCUGUGGUGGCUGAACCAGUUCCUGAACAGAGCGAGCCAUUAAAACCUUCGAGACCGAACAGGUGUCUUUGUUGUAACAAGAAGGUUGGGGUCAUUGGGUUUAAGUGCAAAUGUGGGAACACUUAUUGUGGUGAUCAUCGGUACCCGGAGACUCAUGAAUGCAGCUUUGAUUUCAAAGAGAGUGGUCGUGGUGAGAUUGCGAAAGCGAAUCCUGUUGUCAAGGCGGAUAAACUUCAAAGGUUCUGA